CGACGAAUGGCGUGUGGUUCACGUGACGCUCCUUUGCUGUAUAAAUAGCACUUUGCAGGUUCCAAGUUCUCCCCUCUUUUCUCCUUUUUCUUUUUCCAAAAGUUCUUUGUCCGAUCCACAAAAAAAACACAACCUUGAACAAUGGAUAAGGGCCAGCAGCAGUACCAAUACCCACCUCCACCAAACCCAAGCUACUAUCCUCCUCCACAGAACCAGAGCUAUUACCCACAACAGCAGCAACAGUACUACCAACCACAGCCACCUCCCCAACAGGUCUAUGUUCAACAACCACAACAGGAUCGUGGUGGUGCUGAUGGAUUGUGUAUGGGCUGUUUGGCCGCAUGCUGUCUCUGCUGUACCUUGGAUGCAUUGUGCUAAACAAUAAGAAACAAGCUCGUUAUUCUAUGCUAUACUAUACUUUAGUUCUCUUCUCAGACUUUUCUGUACCAUUACAUCCUAUACAUAUACUUACACACUACCAUUACAUUCUCCCUUUUUCUCUCUAUGAUCUUGUCGUGCCCUAUUUAAUAACUAAAGCUUAAAGUACAUGGUAAACCACUUGGUCAAAGCGGUCGUAAUUUGCCAAAAGUAAACAGCAUGUAGCACAAAAAUAAGAAGUGGGGAGCGCAUUGAGCUCUCUUUUUUUUUUCCCUUCCGUG